UGAUGACAAAGCGCUAGGGAAAAUCUUCGCGAAGAUAAUUAACAGUGAGAUCAAGGCUCUUGUUUUCGCUGGAUGUAAAUAUAUUCAGAUCCUGACGAAAUGCCAAGCGGGGGAAGGGGCACGAUGGAGUACUGGCAGUAGUGGUAGGCGGCAGUAACAAUAUCCCAAGGGGACUAGGCUGGCUGCGGCUACUUCCAUUGUCUUACUCCGACGCUUACUCCAGCGUUAAGAUGCCUCUUUCGACCACAGUUAUUGGUAGUUUUCGAAAGCCUUCUUAUCUUCAAAUACCAGACUGGUUUCAGCCAGCGUACGCCGAAAAUUUCCCCAGUGAAUACAAUCGGUUUUUGCAGAAUUCUUCAUCCACCGACAUAGAAGAAUUGUUUACCAGAGCCAUUCGAGAAGUGAUCGAAAUACAGAGCGAAGCUGGUCUCGAUGUGAUUACAGAUGGAGAAGUAAGGCGUGAAAACUAUGUCAAUUACUUUUGUAGAAAGCUGAAUGGCUUUGAUUUCAAAAAUUUAUGCCUGACGUCUAUUCGCGACGAUGCUGCAACAAUACUAUUACCACGAGUUGUAGGAGAGGUAUCGGCGCAAGAAAAUGAAGGUUGGGUUUGGAAAGAAUGGAAGAGUUCACAGGCUUUAUCCAAACUUCCUGUGAAAAUUACUCUUCCGGGACCCAUGACGAUUGCGCACACAGUCGCCGAUCAAUAUUACAACGAUCAGAAUGUUUUUGGUGCUGUGUUGACAAAAAUUUUAAGCAAGGAAAUUAAAGCUCUUGUAUCGGCAGGCUGUAAGGUUAUUCAGGUUGAUGAACCAGUGUUGAUGAGGUUUCCUGAUGAGGCUUUGGAAUAUGGAAUUGAUCAGCUUUCAACAUGUUUUGAUGGAGUCACAUCUGACGUAGUCAAAGCUGUUCAUUUGUGUUGUGGUUAUCCAAGUUACUUGGAUCAAGAUGACUAUAAGAAGGCUGACAAGGAUGGAUACCUGAGACUGGCUGACAGACUGGAUGCUGCAGGCUUUGAUGAGAUUUCAAUUGAGGAUGCUCACAGACACAAUGAUUUAUCACUGUUUGAGCAUUUUAAAAAGAGCAAGGUUGUUCUAGGUGUUGUAAAGAUUGCCAGCAGCAAAGUAGAGAGUGUUGAGGAGAUUCGCAGCCGUUUGAAGCAAGUACUGACUGUUUUACCAGCAGAACGUUUGGUCGUUGCUCCAGACUGUGGUUUGGGAUUUCUUCCAACUGAUCUUGCGAAGCAGAAACUUUUUAAUAUGGUACAAGCGGCAAAGUCUUUACCUUAAAAUUAAUCUAUUGUUAUGUUGCAAGUCACAGAAGACAGAGUUAGAUAGAUUGUGCGUUUAGUGUUUUAAAGUUCACACGUUCAAUUAUAUAAAAUAUUUGGCAUCUCAUUUCCUCUGCCAAUCUUUUUAGACACCAAAGCUAUUUUUCCAGAGUUCCUGAAAGGGGUGGCAGCAAAAUUGGAUUGCCCAAACCUAGAUAUUGUCUAGGAACUAGUGAGCGAAGCCAUUUGGCCUGAAAUUUAUAUUUUACUCCUAAUAGGGGUCUAAAUCUCACUCUCAAUUUCUUUCAGCUUCAAAUAUGUCUGUCUUUUCUUGAUUACUUAAAGUGAGGUUCCUAAUAAUUCUUUCUGGGUCCUUUUAAUGGUAUGUGCUGAUUAUAUAUAGACUUCUUGGCAGAUUUUGAAUAUUUUUUCGAUAGCAGUGCCAAACUGAGGGAACGAAACAAGCAAGUCCGAUAGUUUCUUUUAAGGACACAUUGGGCCGGUUUGUUAAACAAAGUUUGGCCGUUAACGUUGUUUGACAAAACCGCGUUCUUAACCAUCUUGAAUCUAGCCGAGUCUUUUAUCUGAACAUAUAUUUUUGUAAACAGUGUCACAAUGGCCGAAAGCUAACAGAGGAAGGACAUUUAUUUAAUGAAAACAACGCCACUUAUAGAGAAUACGUAAGGCCUACGGCUUGCGUAAAACUGCAGUUUGGGUUAGACCAUGUGUAAAUAACAGGCCUAUUGUGUUGUUCCCAAAACCUUUUUGUAGAAUUUUGUCAUAUCAAAAGUAGUUCCUAUAAGUCAGUAUGUUACUCUACGUUCUGAAUGAUAUUUUAUUUAAUUCGAAAUUUUUUAAUUACUUGUUUCUCACCAGACACGAUUGUAAGUCGGGGACCAAUAUUUAUGUUUUCAUUAAAUUGUAUCACAGGAUAAAUGAUGAAUAUUACGGGUGUCUGCUUAUUAGUUGCUGGCACUGGGAAAAGAAAAAUAUGAUAUUCGAAGGAAGAAAUACUUUUUGUCUCCUUUCUCUUCUUAAAAGUUUCCAAUAAAGCUGUGAAAAUGUA